AAAAGAAAGCAAAAAGUGCUCCAAAAAAGAAAAAAGAUUCAGACUCAGAUGAUGACGAUGAAGAGGACGGUGAAGAUACUAAGAAAACUAAGAAAAAAACAACCAAGGAUAGUUCUCCACCUGCAAGUUCCACCCGAGAGAAGAAAACUAAAACUAAAGAUGACAAAGAUUCUGAUGGAAAAGAAAAAAAAUCCAAGUCAAAGGAAAAAGACAAGAAGAAGGAACCAGCUUCAAUGUUCCAGAUAAAUGAAGACAAAAACUCAAAAAGCAAAAAGAAAGCGGCCAAAUCGGAAAGUGAUGACAGUGAAGAAGAAACAAAGUCAACCAGAUCAAAGAAAAAAUCCAACUCCGGCUCUGCAUCGAUGUUUCAAACAUCAGCAGAUAAGGACAAAGACAAGAAGACAAAGAAAAAAGCAAAGGCAGACGAAAGCAAUGAUUCUGAAUCAGAAAAAGAAGAAAAAACAAAGAAGAAGAAGGGCAAAGGGAAGAAGAAAAAAGAGCGCUCUCCCUCACCUGAAAUUGAAUUUGACAACUUGGAGAAGUUUGUAAUGGAGCCAGCUCCGCAGGGUGUGACUGUGAAAUGCAGAGUGACUCGGGAUCAGAGAGGGAUGGAUAAGAGCCUCUACCCUUUGUAUUACCUUCAUCUAGACAAUGAAAAAAAGACGUUUCUACUGGCUGGACGGAAGAGAAAGAAAAGUACAACUUCAAAUUACCUCAUCUCCAUCGAUGCCACAGAUUUAUCAAGAGGAGGCGAGAAUUUUGUGGGAAAGCUGAGGUCAAAUUUAAUGGGGACUAAGUUCACUGUGUUUGACAACGCUGUGAAUCCUGAAAAAGCUCUUCCAGACAUGUCUAAUGCUCGGCAAGAGUUAGCAGGCAUCAUCUAUGAAACCAAUGUCUUGGGAAUAAAAGGACCCAGAAGGAUGACUGUCAUCAUUCCAGGAAUGAGCAAAGACAACGAGCGAGUACCCCUCCGACCAAGAAAUGAAUGCGAUGGCUUGCUGAUAAGAUUCCAAAACAGAAGGAUGGAAAAUCUGAUCGAGCUUCACAACAAGACGCCUGUGUGGAACGAAGAGACGGCAUCUCAUGUGCUAAACUUCAAUGGCAGGGUCACCCAAGCCUCCAUCAAGAACUUCCAGAUCGUCCACAACAAAGAUCUGGACUACAUUGUGAUGCAAUUUGGACGAAUAGCUGAUGACAUUUUCACACUGGAUUACAACUACCCGCUGUGCGCUGUGCAGGCCUUUGCCAUCGCACUUUCCAGCUUUGAUGGCAAAAUCGCUUGUGAAUAACACACAAGUCUUCAGUUGUGGACUCACACUUAAACCAGCAUGCAACAAACCCACAUUCACAUCAGAUCAACCCAGCGUCUUUGGACUCGCCUACACUUCCUGUGAUAGGUGUCGAUAACAGCAAUGGUUCCUCAAAUGUGACAAUACCUGCUGUUGUGCUGCUGUUAUCCGUGUGAGUGCCCCCAGGUGUAAGACACAAAAUUGUUGUCAUGUUAUCGUCUGAUCUUGCAUGACAUGGUGCAGAAGAAUCCUCUGUUUUUGAUUCUCAGUAUUUCACUGCAAUCAUCUGAACUUCUGGGAACUACAGAAAGACACACCAUUGGGAGUCCAGUGACUGGAGAGCUAUGUUUCAGGGAGAUAAUUGUACACCUCAUUUAUGAAGGUGUUUGAAGACUACUAACAUCAUUAAAGGAUGUUAAACCGUGAAUUACGGUAAUUUUUUUUGCUUUGUUGUGCUUUGAGGUAUUGUGUUGCUGUAUAGCGCCAAUUUUUUGUGUCAAAUGUGACCGCAGAAACACCAAAUUACAAUAAAAAUGUUUCUCUUUAGGGCAAAAUGAAAAUUAUACUUUGUGACAGUAAUCAUCUGCACAAAAGACACACUUUUAUUUUAAGUUUAUUCAAUUUUAUUUAGUGACUGUGAAACCGUUUUGUGUAUCUGUAUACAUUAAUAUACACAUAGGUGUGAAAAUCUUUUUUCUAGGCAUGUACGUUACGUUUCUCCAAAUAUAUAUGUUUCUAGAUAACUGGCUCUAAUGUGAACUCCUGUAGGUUUUUGUAUGUUGUCUUUUUUAAUUUCUUUAUAUUCAUAAACAUUGCCUUCGCUGCAGGCUUAUGGGAAUAAUUCAAAUGAAUUAAAUUUCCUUGUUAACUAAA